CGGGCGCCGUGAGUCAGUGCCCAGUAAACAUUGGCGUGAGCCGCGCCGGCUCCGCCAUGGUGGCGGCGCCGUGAGGGCGGGAGGGCGGCGCGGCGGGCUGGGUGCGGCGGCGGCAGCGGCGGGGGGCCGGGGCCAUGGACGAGCUCAAGCACCAGGUGAUGAUCAACCAGUUCGUGCUGGCGGCCGGCUGCGCCGCCGACCAGGCCAAGCAGCUGCUGCAGGCGGCCCACUGGCAGUUCGAGACUGCUCUCAGUGCUUUUUUCCAAGAAACAAACAUCCCCUACAGCCACCACCAUCAGAUGAUGUGCACUCCCGCCAACACACCGGCCACACCGCCUAACUUCCCCGAUGCCCUCACCAUGUUCUCCCGCCUCAAGGCCUCCGAGAGCUUCAACAGCAGCAGCCCCGUGGCCUCCAUGGCGACUUCCCCGCCACCCCCGGCCCCGCCGCUGCCCCAGCAUGGGGCCUUCAACCCCGCCUGGCCCGCGGCUUCACCCCCUGGCCAGCAGCAGAGCAUGUGGACUCCAGCCCCCCCAGCGCAGCCCGCAGGCUGGCCAGCCGCCGUCUCCCAGCAGGCCACGGCAGAACAGAAGGCCAACGUGACCAUGGAGGCAGAGAGAUGAGGCCGUGGUGAAGAGCGCACGCGGCGGGGACCCCUGCAUAUGAAUAUAUAUAUUUUUUUCUUUUCCCCCUCCCCGAAGAGGAGAGGAACUCUGCUGCCAGGGCAUCUGGCAGCUGCUGAGACACACAAGCAAAUAGCUGCCUUGCAUGGGUUUGGUUUGAAGUAGUUUUUACUUGUCCUCGAGCUGAACAGAGCUCCCCAGAGACAGCAGGAGGCUGCGUGGGACGUGGGACUGGUGCCGGCCUGAGACCCCACUGGGAGCAACCCCUCCUCUCUUGGGACACUGGAGUUUGCAUGCAAGUGACAUUUACAGAGGAGGUCCCUUCUUCAUGGUCCCCUGGGCCACCCCACCAGGCAGAGCGGGCUGUACCCAAUUGUUUUCCCCCAUCCCUUGGCCCCACUCACUGGGUGGAGGCAGACACCCCACACAGCUUGUUUUUUGUGAGGUGGGGAGAGAGCGAGGGCUGUUUCUGUUCGGCCGCGGCCUCCGCCACCCCGUAUGCGCCAUGCUCGCUGGUGAGCAGGGCUGGGGGAACACCAGCUCCUGAGGAGGUGCCCGGCCCCUCGCCCACCUCAGUGGUGGAGAGCAGGGGGUGGGCCAUGGGGGGCCCGGCUGGGCCAGCACACCCUCCCCUCACCCUCCUGGGAUGGGGUUUGCCCCGGGGCUGUUUGCAUGACACAGUGUAACCCUAGAGACUGGGAUCGUUUUUAACCCCUCUGUUCUUUUCUCCGGGCGGCUGGAAGUCUCUCCGGGUGCGCCGCAGCCGCUUGCAAUACAUGCUCUUCUGCUUUGAA